GAGAAACCCCAGCCAAAAUUUGAUAAGAAAGAUCUAAAGGAUAAGAAGCCUGAACAAGUGCUGGCGACAAUCCUUGAAUCUAUCUCUAGACAAGAUGUGGAGCUCCGCUGCCGCCCUCUCUUCCCUUCCGAACCACGUGUGCACUUGAUUGUGGUGUGGAUGGUGCACGCUUACGCACUACAACAACGUACUUAUUGCCUAAGCAUGCGGGCGGGUGCUUACUGCAUCUACUAAGCACGCGAAUGUGGAUGCUCUUAGUUAAAUUCCUGCGAGAAUUCCCAAUUUCCUAAUCCCCACUCGUAAAUGAUCACAAUCCCUAAUUUACGUACAACAGAGGAGAUUACGGGGAAUUUUUAGCACCGCCACAUCCCCACCACCAUGGCACCAACGCUGACUGCUUGACCCCACCAUACCACUGCACUGCAUUCACGCAUUACCCAUGCCUGCUUGCUGACUCUGCCUCCCAGUCUACAAUAGGAAUCAUCCAAGAAGUAUCAUCCCUGCUGACAAAGAAAGCAUGCAUAGACCUCAUAAAGAAAUGCAAAUCCAUGACUUGUUUCAAGCAGAUCCAAGCCCAGGUCUUCACUCAUGGUCUGCACAGCAACAUUGAUGUCUUGCACAAGCUCAUGGCAUUUGCCACAGAUGCUGACUUAAACUAUGCUGACAUGAUAUUUGCUCAAAUUGAGCUCCCAACUUUAUUUAUCUAUAAUGUGAUGAUCAAGGCACAUGUGAAAUCUAGUAGUUGCAGAAAAGCCCUUUCGUUGUUUGAUGAGUUACGUCUCAAGGGAUUGGUGCCCGAUAAUUAUACAUAUCCUUUUGUCUUUAAGGCUGUAGGAAGGCUUAGGAUGGUUCCUGAAGGGGAAAAGCUUCAUGGGUUUGCAUUGAAAAGUGGGGAUCUUCAUGAUUGCUAUGUUUGUAAUUCGGUUCUAGAUUUGUAUAGGGAAUUAGGAUGUGUCCAGAAUUUAGCGAAAGUGUUUGAUGAAAUUCCUACAAGAGACUUAAUCUCAUGGAAUGUCUUGAUUUCUGGGUUAGUAAAGAGCAGUAGGUUUGAGGAUGCUGUAAAUGUUUAUAGGAGGAUCAGACUAGAGACAAGUUUUCAACCUGACGAGGCCACAAUUGUAAGCACUUUAUCUGCAUGUACGGCACUAAAGAACUUGGAUCUUGGUCGUGAAAUUCAUGAGUAUGCGAGUAAAAAAUUGGGGUUUACUAUGAUUAUUGGAAAUGCAUUGAUGGAUAUGUAUGCUAAGUGUGGAUGCAUAGAGAUUGCCCGAGGAAUAUUUGAUGCCAUGCCAGAAAAAAAUGUUAUUUGUUGGACUAGUAUGGUUUCAGCUUACACAAAUUUGGGUUGUUUGGAUGAAGCUAGGGCUUUAUUUGAGAGGAGCUCUGUCAAAGAUCUUGUUUUAUGGACAACCAUGAUCAAUGGGUAUGUACAGUUCAACAUGGUUGAUGAAGCCAUGAACUUGUUUAGGUGCAUGCAAAUGAAUGGCAUUAAACCUGACAAAUAUACCCUUGUUACUUUACUCACAGGAUGUGCUCAAUUAAGAGCGCUGGAACAAGGUGAAUGGAUUCAUGCUUACUUGAAAGAAAUUGGAAUUAUUAUUGAUGCAGUGGUUGGUACUGCUCUUAUAGAGAUGUAUGCAAAAUGUGGUUGCUUAGAGAAGUCUUUGCAGAUUUUCUAUCAACUGAACCAGAAAGAUGCAGCAUCAUGGACGUCUAUGAUAUGUGCACUUGCCAUGAAUGGAGAUGCAGAAAAGGCUGUACAAUUAUUCACAGAAAUGACACAAGUCGGGAUUAGACCUGAUGAUAUCACCUUCGUUGGUGUUUUAAGUGCCUGCAGUCAUGGAGGGCUAGUAGAGGAAGGCCGUAAGCAUUUUGAUUCCAUGACUAAGGUUUAUCAACUUGAACCAAAGUUAGAACACUAUGGUUGCCUGAUAGACCUUCUAGGUCGUGCUGGACUCAUGGAAGAAGCUGAACAGAUUAUAAGAGAGAUACCUAAUCAAGAUAACAAGUUUGUCAUCCCACUUUAUGGUGCUCUGCUUAGUGCAUGCAGGAACUAUGAAAAUGUUGAAAUUGGUGAACGUAUUGCCAAGAAGCUUCUGGAGGUUGAGUCCAGUGAUUCUAGUGGUCAUACACUUUUAGCCAAUAUAUAUGCAGCUGCCAAUAGGUGGGAAGAUGUAAAGAAAGUCAGAAGGAAAAUGGAUACCAUGGGGUCCAAGAAGUUUCCCGGGUGCAGUGCACUUGAAAUUGGUGGCCUUUACUAAAUCUGGUUCAAAUAACGGGCAGAUUGUAAAUCAGUACUUGAGUGCAGGCAGUUGGAAGUUGGGAGCCAGCGUCAUGACCUUUUGGGAUACAUCUGAAGUAGCCAAGCUGCAGAGAUUUAAAUUAUGAGGAAGGCGAGAAGCAGAGAAAAUUGCUCUUCAAACUACAGUCCAAGUUUAACGUGGACGUUUUCAGCCGGCCAUAUCUACUGGUCAUCUGAUGGAAGCGGAUAGUAAAGCUGCCUAUCUUCAAGAAUCUUUGUGAAGAGCUGCACUUUGACCCACAGAAGGCCAUAGAAAUUCAUGAAGAAAUUUUCCAGAGAAAACUUCAGUAACUGGUAGCUGUUAAACGUGAAAUCAUUGAUGACGAUGUAAAAACUUUGGAGCAGAUACAGAUUAUAUUCUGCAUUCCAAAGCAAACAGUCGAAGCAACUCAUGCAGAUAUCCGCAAAGGUGUACUUGAGAAGAUUGUCAAGGAGGCAAUUGCUUCUGGUGUAUAUGGAUAUGACGCCAAGGCUUGAUGACAUUUUUCUGCAAGCACACCGAUGUUUGCUAAAACAGAGUUUUGCAGUCUUGCAAGUAGGGUAUGCUAUCCACUCGCACAUGUACUCAUAUGCCUGUGGAUCUGAUCGCGCUAAAAGCACGUUGUUUUAGCGUUAUAAUUACUAUAUUUCCUAAUCCUGAAGUAGUUAUCAGGAUAGUUUUAGGUGCGAUGGUAUAUAUUUGAACUUUAAAAAAUACUAAAAUCAAUGCUAUAUAUGUGUAUUUCAAAAGUGGAGAGGACUUUAUUGUAGAUCAGGCAGUGGCAAGUGUGAGUUAAUGUGCA